AUGGAGCUUAGACUACAGGAGCAUGUGGUUCAGGCAAGUCUCAUUGUGUUGCCAAUGCCUGAGUUCGACAUUAUUCUGGGAAUGGAUUGGUUAUCGCAGAAUGGAGCUUCGAUCGACUUUCGGCGGAGGUCAGUGUCCGUCCGACCACCCCGCGGGGAGCCAUUUAUUUUUGAGGCAACCAGGAACAAAAAGAGGUUGCACCUCAUUUCUUGCAUCAGUGCAAGGAAGCUCAUGAUGAAGGGAUGCCAAGGAGUUCUAGCCAAUGUUAUUUUGAUACCUGAUGCAGUCGGUCAUAAGGUGGAGGAUGUCGAAGUUGUCCGAGAAUUUCCUAACGUAUUUCCUGAGGAUGUCUCUGGUAUUCCUCCAAAAAGGGAGGUUGAAUUUUCCAUUGAGCUGAUACCAGGUACCGUGCCAAUCUCUAAGGCACCGUAUCGACUUGCUCCGGCAGAAAUGAAAGAACUGAAGGAUCAUAUUCAGUAG